UAAUCUGUAUUGUGUAAAUGAAAAUUUUUAUGGAACGAAGGAAUAUUAGUUCAAGAUUACCAUUUGCUUAAUAACCAAAUAUUAUUUAAACAUCUGGAAAUAUCUCGCGAAACCAAUGGGAAACAUUACGUAGGCAAAUUAUUUUCGGCGCGUUGCUGUCUGAGACAGCCGCAAUGGAGACGUCAGGAGUUGAUUUCAACCUCCAUUGGGAGGAGGUUGUGAUUAAGAACUCCCCCAAACAUGAGAGUGACACAAUGUGCAACCUUGAAAAUGUACAAAGCUAUUCAGCAAUGACAUCUGAAGAGAUAAAAGCAGAUACAGAUCAAAUGGCGGCAGAGAAUCUGAUGUUUCUAUCACAAGAUGUGGUUGGUUACACAGAAGCAGUAUUGCCAGAUGAAUUGAAUGUAGAAUGUGUGACAGAAGAGGUGAUAACUGAUGAUUGGGUUCUAGCCGGUGGACAGGAGAGAGUGGAGGUGCCCAUGGAGCAAUUAGUACAUAAUGCUUUAGAUGUGAAAGUAGAAAAUGAUAUUGACGUCCCUUUACCAACUGAUCAGGAUCAGUACACGGCGAUGCGGCCGUGGCCAUGUGAUUUCUGUUCGCGUCGGUUCCGUAAGAAGGCGGCGCUGAUGAACCACAUGGUGGCGCACCAGAGCGACCGUCCGCACGCCUGCAACCUGUGCGGCGUGCGCUACGUGCGCAAGUGCGAUCUCAUGAACCACCUCAAAGUGCACGCCUUUGUACCAGAUAACCAUGAUACAAUGGAUUAUGACGAUGUUAUUAAUAACAGUCCAUUAAUAAAGCCAAAGAAAAAAAGAGGACGAAGAAAAAAAAAUCCGGAACCAGAAGAGGAUGAUAUGUGGGAGAAUAUGACGUCUGCGCGCACGCAGCAGUGGCAGCGACGCGCGCGCACGCCCGUGCGGCGCUCCCCCUCCCCGCCCUCGGAGCCAGACCCGCCCCCCGCGCCCUCGCCGCCCUCCCCGCCCUCGCCCCUGCCGCCCGCAGACCCCUCGCGCCCCUUUGUCUGCCGGCACUGCGGCGUCGGCUUCGCGAGGGAGAAGGCGCUACAGUCACAUUCUAGGAUCCACGGCGGCGACUCGCCAGUGGAGUGCGGUGAGUGCGGUGAGCUGUACUGGUCGCGCGAGGCGCUGGCCGCGCACGCCGCGCACAAGCACCCGCACGCGGCGCCGCGCGCCCGCAGGGACCCCUCCUACGAACUCUCCAACUCGGACGAGGACUACGACUACCGCAUGUCGCUGGAGGGCGAGGGCGAGGGCGAGGGCGGGGAGCGCGCGGGGUGCGGGCGCGGGCCGGAGCUGCGCUGCCAGGACUGCGGCGUCGCCUUCCAGCGCGUCGACCUGCUGCGACGACACGUCGCCGCCGCACACAACUACAAGCGUCACGACAGCACGAGCAGCGCGGGGGGUGGGGGCGGUGCGGGCGGCACGUGGGGGUGGGGCGAGCACGCGUGCGACGUGUGCGGCGAGACGUUCGCAGACCCGCUGCAGCUGCUCGCGCACGCGGAGGGCCACGCGGAGCGACACCGCCCCAGCGCCAACAGAUUAAAAAGAAUGGGUCGCGGCAAAACUAGUGCGACAGCUUCAAAUAACUCGAGGCAGUUUCCAUGUAGAGAGUGCGGCAAGGUGUUCGGUUCGCGCAGCUCGCAGCAGAUCCACGUGCGCAUCCACACGGGCGAGCGGCCCUACGCCUGCCGCUUCUGCUGGAAGGCCUUCGCCGACGGCGGCACGCUGCGCAAACACGAGCGCAUACACACCGGUGAGAAGCCGUACGGAUGUGCAGUAUGCCCACGCGCCUUCAACCAGCGCGUGGUGCUGCGGGAACACGUGCGCUCACACCACUCUGCACCCAACAGACGCACCAACGGCAACAACGUGUACACAUGUGUGGUGUGCGACCGCACGCUGCACUCUAGCGUGGAGUUGGUACAGCACCUCAUACAGCACUGCGACGCCAACACCGCGCUCAAGCGGCAACCGCAGAACGGUCCUCGGAAGUACAAACGGCGGCGGAAAUUGAAAACCGAACUGCUGUCGCCGAAACGCGAGUGGGAGGAGAACCAAUAA